CAGCAAUGACGUCCACCCCUCACCCAGCAUCAGAGAAUAAGAACUUCAGAGGAAGGAAUGCAACUUCAUAAAUAGCAAACCACAGCCCCUAAUGGGGAGCAGAGGCAAACCUGCAGGUUAAAAAUUCGUUGCAAGAGAAGCCCAUCCACCCACUCUGCCUGCAGCCCGAGAUGGUUUCAGCUCUAGCGUUUGCUUUUCUCCUCUGCCUCUCUUGUCCUUUUGCAUCAUGUCAGCAGAGAAGGGCAGGAGUCGAAGUUGGGCCAGAAAUGCUGGAAGAGAUGAGACAAACCAACCGUGUGCUGAUGGAAGUCCGGGAAUUGCUGAAAGAUCAGAUUAAGGAGAUAAAAUUCCUGAAGAACACAGUCAUGGAGUGUGAUGCCUGUGGCAUGCACACCGAAGUCACAGGCCCUGCCAUCACCAUGACACAGUUUAACAGAUGCCUCCCAAACCCCUGCUUCCCUGGAGUUACCUGCACCGCGACCGGCACCAGCUUCCGCUGCGGACCCUGCCCCCCCGGGUACUCGGGCAACGGGACCCACUGCACGGAUAUCAAUGAGUGCAACGCAGCCCCCUGCUUCCCGAAGGUCCAGUGCAUUAACACCGCCCCCGGCUUCCGCUGCGAUCCCUGCCCUCCCGGCUUCACUGGGCAACUGGUGGAAGGGGUUGGACUGGCUUAUGCCAGGGCCAACAAACAGGUCUGUACUGACAUCAAUGAAUGUGAGACAGGUGCUGCCAAUAAUUGUGUCCCAAACUCUAUCUGCAUCAACACACGGGGGUCCUACAAGUGCGGGGCUUGUAAACCUGGCUUUGUGGGUGACCAAGUGAGUGGCUGCAGGAACCAGGCAGUGAGACGCUGCCCCAACGGAGAGAUCAGCCCCUGCCACGAGAAGGCUCAGUGCAUCGUGGAGCGCGACGGCUCCUUGUCCUGCGCGUGCCUCGUGGGAUGGGCAGGGAAUGGCUAUGUCUGCGGGAAGGACACGGACAUCGACGGGGUCCCUGACGAGAAGCAGCGCUGCUCGGACAAGAAGUGCCGCAAGGAUAACUGCCUGACUGUCCCCAACUCUGGCCAGGAAGAUGCAGACAGGGAUGGAAUUGGAGAUGCCUGUGACGAUGAUGCUGAUGGAGAUGGGAUAUUAAAUGCUGAGGACAACUGCGUGUUCACCCGCAACGCCGACCAGCGCAACACCGACAGGGACAACUUCGGGGACGCCUGCGACAACUGCCGGCAAGUGAAGAACAACGACCAGCGCGACAUCGACGGCGACGGGCGGGGGGACGAGUGCGACGACGACAUGGACGGAGAUGGGAUCAAAAACCCCAUGGACAACUGCAAGAGAGUUCCUAACCCUGACCAAAAGGAUGCAGAUGGUGAUGGAGUGGGAGAUGCCUGUGACAGCUGUCCAACAGUCAGCAACCCAGACCAGAAAGACACUGAUCACGAUCUAGUGGGAGACGUCUGUGACACCAACCAGGACAGUGAUGGGGACGGGCACCAGGACUCACGGGAUAACUGCCCAACAGUGCCCAACAGCUCCCAGGUGGACACGGACAACGACGGGCUGGGAGAUGAGUGUGAUGAUGAUGAUGAUGAUGAUGGGAUUCCAGAUGAGAAACCUCCAGGCCCUGACAACUGUCGCCUUGUCCCUAACCCUGGCCAAGAAGACUCUGAUGGUGAUGGUGUGGGGAACCUUUGUGAAAAUGACUUCGACAGAGACAUGGUGAUCGACAGGAUUGAUGUGUGCCCAGAGAAUGCAGAGGUGACACUAACAGACUUCAGGGCUUUCCAGACUGUUGUGUUGGACCCAGAGGGUGAUGCACAGAUUGACCCCAACUGGAUUGUCCUCAACCAGGGCAUGGAAAUCGUCCAGACCAUGAACAGUGAUCCUGGCCUGGCUGUAGGCUACACAGCAUUCAAUGGAGUGGACUUCGAGGGCACAUUCCACGUCAACACUGCCACAGAUGAUGACUAUGCUGGCUUCAUCUUUGGCUACCAGGACAGCUCCAGCUUUUACGUGGUCAUGUGGAAGCAGAUGGAACAGACAUAUUGGCAGGCAAACCCCUUCCGAGCCGUGGCAGAGCCUGGAAUUCAACUGAAGGCAGUGAAGUCGAAAACAGGCCCUGGGGAGUAUCUCCGCAAUUCCCUCUGGCACACGGGAGACACCACAGACCAGGUGAAGCUGCUGUGGAAAGACCCUCGGAAUUCCGGCUGGAAGGACAAGACGUCCUACCGCUGGUUCCUGCAGCACCGGCCUCAGGUGGGAUACAUCAGAGCUCGCUUCUAUGAAGGCCCUGAAGUCGUAGCAGACACUGGAGUUGUCCUCGACACAACCAUGCGAGGAGGACGCCUGGGAGUCUUCUGCUUCUCCCAGGAGAACAUCAUCUGGUCCAACCUGCGUUACCGCUGCAAUGACACCAUUCCAGAAGACUACGAAACAUUCAGAGUUCAGCAGGACUAACCUCCCAUGUAAACAUCUCUCCAGCCAAACUCGCUUUGACACCCCCGUGCUCAGCUGCCCCUCGCUGGCUCUGCUCUCCUGCGCCGCCCCAGGGACUUCUCUGGCAUCUUUUCCACCACAGCAACUUCCUCUAGAAGCUACAAAACCCAGUUGGAAGGGCAGAGGGUGUAGACAGCAAGUGUGAGCAGGAGCCUGUGCUGCUGCAAACACUGGUUCUCUACACUCCAUGGAGAAAGAUGUGCUGAGGAGCUACCUGUAGUAGCUGGAAUCGUUCUGAGUUUAGCAUGGAUGAUUCCCAGGAAUCUUCUCCCUGCUCCAAGGCUCUUGAGUGUGGAUGUUGUUCUCCUUUUCAAGACCUACUGCAAAGCAAACCCAGCACUAGCCUGGAAAGGACACGGAGGGCAGCCUAUGUACAAGCUGAUCACAAAACAUUAAAAAAAAAACCAACAACCCAAAAAAGCACUUGAAGGAGAGUGUCUUUGUUCUGGAAGGUUGGAUAAUAAAUACUUGGAAUGUUGGAUAAUAAAUAAAAGACUUCUCCUUGGUCA